GCGCUGCAAUGGAACGUUUGUGUGUGAUUCUUUUGCUUGUAAGUAAAACUUUCAUAGUGAAUGCACAAUUCAAUGGGUUCAACUGUGAUGCCAACUUCCACAGCCGCUUCCCUGCCGAGCGGGACAUCAGUGUGUAUUGUGGAGUGCAAACCAUAACGCUGAAGAUCAAUUUUUGCCCGGUGCUUUUCUCUGGCUACACCGACACUGACCUGGCGCUGAACGGGCGUCACGGCGAUGCCCACUGCCGAGGGUUCAUCAACAACAACACGUUCCCAACAGUCGUGCUGUUCAGCAUUAGUCUCAGCACGCUGGAGGCAUGUGGAAACUCACUUGCGGUCUCCACGGCUCAGGGGCCCAACGCCUAUGGGAAUCUCUCCUUGGUCCAGAUUGGGAAUAUAGCAGGAUACAUUGACACUCCGGAUCCCCCGACGGUCAUCAGCUACCUACCGGGACUGCUUUACAAGUUCAGUUGUAGUUACCCUCUGGAAUACCUGGUCAACAACACACAGCUUGCUUCGUCGGCCGCAGCGAUAUCAGUGAAGGACAGCAAUGGCACGUUUGUGAGCACACUGAAUUUACUUCUAUACAACGACUCCACAUACGUCCAUCAUCUUGCCAUCCCAGUGUCUGGACUUACUCUGAAGACGCGAGUGUUUGCCGCUGUAAAAGCCACCAACCUAGACAAGAGAUGGAAUGUUCUGAUGGACUACUGUUACACGACUCCUUCUGGGAAUCCUAAUGAUGAGCUCCGAUACGACCUUUUCUUUGGAUGUGAUAAGGACCCACAGACAACAGUGUUUGAGAAUGGGAAGAGCCAGAUGGGCCGCUUUUCCUUCGAGGUGUUCCGCUUUGUCAAGCACAAGAACCAGAAAAUGUCCACCGUCUUUCUGCACUGUGUGACCAAGCUGUGUCGCUCUGAUGACUGCCCCCUGCUCUUGCCUAUCUGUGGUAAGAGGAAGAAAAGGAACGUAUCGGAAAGAACUGCGGUGGCCUCUGGCAAUGCGGUCAUGACUGCCGGGCCCAUCAUCACCCGAAGUGAUGAAACUCCCACCAAUAAUUCCCAGCUAGCACAGUUAAAAAGCCCUCCAUUCAAAAUGAAUUCAGUGACAAGUGCCUUGAUUUCUUCCAUCGCGAUCCUCGCCGUUAUGAGCAUGUGUUUCUUCAUCCUGUCUCUGUCACUGCUGAGAGGAAAAUAUACAGCACCAACACCUCGGUCAGGAACCCACAACCCAGCGUUCAGCUAAACGCGCACACACACAGCUGUUUGAGCCGCUGAACAAUACAGCAAUACCUGUGUGCAGAUCUCUCGGUUACACACAGUCAUACAGUACAGGGAAGUAAUAUCAUAAUAUCACUCUACACAGCCUUUAGCUAUACACCGAUGCCUAUUUUCGGUCACAAAGAAUGAAUACCUCAUUCUUAUUCCUGUAAAUUUACAUAACACACAAUCCUAAACCAUAAGAGGCUGAACUCUGAUUGGAAAUGAUUCUCACAGACAUAAUAUAAUCAGGAAUAACAGCAUUAAAAUAUGCUCUCAGUAAUUUUUCCUCAUUAAAAUGUUUUACAGAUUAAAAAAUGUAAUUUUGACUAAAUCAUGUACACUCACGUGAGAUUCUUAGUCAAACACUGGUAGACCAAAAAACUUUGAGGGCUGACAUGUUGAGAUCACAUGACCAGCUGAAUAAUACUGACUAAAUGGACAGUUUUGCUAAUGAAAUUAGUUUGUCAUGGCUGAGAAGGCAUUUCCAAAACUGAAAAAAUCUGAUUUUGCAUAAUUCUGCAUCCACACCACUAGGUGUCACUAUAAGUCCAAGAAGGCUCACCCAACAUAAACAAACAUUUACAAAUGCACUUUUAGGAUUUAAAAAAAUGGUCUAUGCAUGUACAUGAAGGCAGAUGCUUCUGACUACGAUAGAUGCAACACAAAUGCUGUUACUCAUCACUGCCGCAAGAGCUGCUAUUUCUAAAACUGCCUGCUUUUAUGAUCAGAUUUAUCUUUCAUGUCAACUACUGUUAUGGCAGAGCAACAGUUUAAACAAAAUCUUGAUCUAAGUCACUCUUGAUAACAACUUAGCUUAACACAUCGGUUUAAAGGCAAAAUGUCUGCAUUCAUAAACUUCGUGAAACAUAUUUCUGACUGCAAAGGGAUAGUUUUCAUUUUCACAUCACUAAUAUCUUAUUUUGAAACAAAGGAGAUAUUUUUUAAGAAACGUUUCUAGUGUUUUUAUUAGGGGUGUAACGGUACACAGAUGUCACUGUUUGGUACGUACCUCAGUUCGGGGGUCACGGUUCGAUACGUUUUUGGUACAACAAGAAAAAAAAUUCCACCUAGAUGUGAAAAUACUAAAUAUUAUAUUGAAUUAUAUUUAUAGAAUCUGCAGAACAUAUACACAUACAAGGAAUAAAUGCUAAUACUAAUAUAUUUGAUUUAGUUAAAAGAUAAACAAUGGGAAAAAACUGUGCGACAUGCAACUUAGCCUAUAUCUGACCCUGGACCACAAAACCAGUCUUAAGUCACUGGGGUAUAUUCUUAGCAAUAGCCAAAAAAACAUUGUGUGGGUCAAAAUUAUCCAUUUUUCUUUUAUGCCAAAAAUCAAUUCAAUUUAAUUCAAUUCAAGUUUAUUUGUAUAGCGCUUUUUACAAUACAAAUCGUUACAAAGCAACUUUUCAGAAAAUUAUGUUUCUACAAUAACAUAUCAUUAGGAUACUAUGUAAAGAUCAUGUUUCAUGAAGAUAUUUUGUUCCAUUUCCAAGUCCCAUUUGAAGAUAAUUUCCUACUGUAAAUAUAUCAAAACUUACUUUUUGAUUUAGUAAUAAGCAUUGAUAAGAAUUCAUUUGGACAAUUUCAAAGGCGAUUUUCUCAGUAUAUAGAUUAUUUUUUGCCCCCUCAGAUUCCAGAUUCUCAAAUAGUUGUGUCUCGGCAAAAUAUUGUCCUUUUCUAAUAAACCAUACAUCAACGGAAAGCUUAUUUAUUCAGCUUUCAGAUUUAGGUAUAAAUCUCAAUUUCAAAAAAUUGACACUUAAGACUGAUUUUGUGGUCCAGGGUCACAUAUUUCGUUUCAGUUCAUUUUUAUGUGACACUUAAUUUGAUCACAUAAAAGAAACUCAAAUGGCAGAAAACAACAUCCUAUUUGUUUUCUUUAUUUUACAAAAGUACAAUGUUUUGUUUUCAUUUUAAAUAAAAGUAGGCAUUUUACAGUGAUGCAUUAUUAAUAAGACAAUAAAUAACAGAGUGUUUUAAGUUGAUACUGCUGGUAUAAAGAAACAGUUAAAGUAAUCGUGCCAGCGCACACAGACACAAAACACAUCAGUUGCUAACUUGACAGCGCAUUUGGUACUUUAUUCAAAUAAAAUGCAGUGAACCAAACAUCAGCACGCCCGCCUCUGUGUCAGCGUUAGAACGCAACUGAAGUACAAAGCCUAUAAUUUACAUAAUAAAUAAUAGUUUUGCAUUCAGAUACAUCGUAAAUAUGGAAAUAUUAUGGAAUAUAUGGAUUUGUGGUGAAUGAGAUGAAUGGGUAUCAUUUCGCACACAGUCGAGUGUGCAAGCCUUUAAAAAGUGUACUCCUUUGUCAUUGAAAGACGCAUUCAGAAUCAGCAAAUGGUCACUGUCUAGUUGGCAUAGUUUUCAAGUGCGCAACUCAUGGCAUUCGCUGUUCUACUGCUGGUGGCUAUCAAACAGUGUUGCUUUACUGUCAGCACCCCCUUCUGGAUUGAGGGUGAAUUGUCUGUAUUCGCUGUAAACCGGAUGUCCAUACCAUGACUGUUUGGUACAAAUGAAUAUAUCGUUACACCCCUAUUUUUUAUCUAUAAAGUCUUAUGCUGUUGUUUUGUAUGGGAAACAACAGUUGAAAUAUAUUUCAAAUUAUAAUAUAUAAUAUAAAUACAGGUUUGGAAUCUACAGAAGAAUAAUUUUUCGAUGAACUUUCCCACCAUUUAUUUCAUACUUUAAGACGUGACUGCUACAACACUACACGACAGCAGCACAAUUUGUUUCUGUCAAACCUGAAACACUAAAAUGAUACAUUGAAAGUGAUCGUAGCUACACGGUGUAACACAAACAUGAAUAAAUAUUUUGUUUUUACAAACCUUAUUUAAUUGCACUUGUAAAUCAACUGAUCAAUAGAGCAGCAAACUGUUUUUACAUAUAUUUCAUUUGAAAUGUAAUUUGAUCUGUUGGUGCAGUGUAACUUAAAGUUAAUACCUCAGCCCCUUGCUUCAUUAUUGCAGGGUUUAAGAUCAGUUACAUGAAGAACAUGAGCAAAGGUAUCUAAUAGACCUGCAUAACAUAUAUUUCUAGUUCAGUGAGAAUAUAAGAGGCUAUAGGAAGGAAAGUGAGGAGUCUAUUCAUCACAACAGCACAAAAGAUCAUGGGACACCAGUGAUUCCGAGUACAUUACUCUCUGCAAUAAUUAGUUUGAGUUACAAGAGAUGAGAAAGAGACCAUAGGGAACGAAUUUAAUUAAGUCGAACAGCAACCUAGAUCACUAUGCUAUGUGAUUGAGGUGGAUGAGAAGACUAUUUAAGAUAUUUUUAGUUUUAAUUAAUUGUAUUUGUUUUUACUCAUUAGUAUUCAUAUGCCUAGGUGAUACCCGCUGAACAGUAAAAAGGCUUAGCUCUUAGUCUCACAUACUCUAAUAUUUAGUAUUAGCUUUUCUCUUUCAUUAUUAUUAUUAUUAUUAUUUCAAUGGUGUUUAUGUCCAAGACAAUUUAAUUAAAUAUAACAGCCCAUGUUAUUAUCCCCCAAACACGUAUUUGUAUUACUUUGUAGAUUUUUCUUUCGUCUUUUUUAACAAUAAAGUAAAUUCAGAUGUGUGUCUGAAUAUUUUGUUUGCAGAUUUUCCUGUAGUAAUUACAAAACACACAGGGGUCACAGUUCAUUACUCAGUUCUAUUAUAUUCAAUUAUGUCUUUGAAGAAAGCAGGCUUGUAAAGCUUUUCACAAUGAUAGUAAUCACCAUGACACCAGCUAAACAAAGAUCAUGU